AUGAUUCAGGCCUCUCAUCCUCGAGCACUCUUGGCUUUUUUUGCGGUUUUAGCCGCUGCGGCUACAUCCGUUCAACAUGUCGUGGGCUUCCGUGUCACAAAGGUAGAACCACCUGUGAUUGAUCACCGAGACACAGCCUCGUGCGGUGCGCGGGUGGGUGACGCUUCUGCUGACGCGUACUUUUCACGGCUGCGUGCCACGGCGGCCGUGAACUUGGUUCAAGGCUACCAGGCUCGAUCCCACGCCGUCUCCAGCUCCAGUUCACCAUUUGCAGCGAGGCAAUGUAGUAACUGGAUGGCGAGGCAUUGUCUCGCCCAGUCCUCUGAGCGUUUCGUCCCACCCCCGUGCACAUUCGGAAGACCCCUGGCAGUACAUCUGGACCGUACCACCAGGCGCAAACCGUCCGAUACACGAACGGGCGUUUUCGGGACACCCGAGCCUACCUCUCGCACACACGAUGCUUCCAAAGUCGACGAGCUCAGAGUGCCAAUCAAUACCUUUCGGCCGACGUCGCCCUUAAUAUGCCGAGUCGUCUCAGUUACUCCGGCGACUUCGCAAGACCCAGCGGCCGAAGCCUCAGACAGUGGAACGCCUCAGGUGUUUUCUAUUGUCUUGGACCAUGGCAAGCAGCUGCCCUUCGUCGAAGGCCAAUCUAUAGGUAUCAUGCCGCCGUGUGCAGCACCCCCAGCAGCGGCCUCCCUGAAGGAACAAAGAGACAGUCCCGGAGCAGAAGCCUCGACUAGUCAAAAGAACUCUACUCAGCCAGGUGGACAAGGGCUGCAGACCACGGACGCCCCGAGUGUAUCUAAACGUCGCGUGCUUCCGCGGAUAUACAGCAUCGCAUCGAGUCGGGAUGGCGACGAUGGCUGCGGCAGCACGUUGACUCUCUGUGUCAGGAAGCAUAUCUAUUCGGACCCCGUUACUGGCAAGAGGGACCGACAAAAGGACGGUGUCUGCUCGACGUAUAUUUGCGACGCCAAGCGUGGAGAUGAAAUCGAGGUGACAGGCCCAAUAGGAAAAGCGUUAUUGCUUCCUUCAAAUUCAGAGACCCCGCUCGUGAUGCUCGCGACCGGCACGGGCGUGGCACCCUUUCGUGGCCACCUACAGGCUCUCCGGAGGAUCAAGAAUUGUGACGUGCCCCCAGGUGGGCCUCAAGAGGCGCCUCCUGCAAAGAAGCCGAGAGUUCUUCUCUUCAUAGGGGCCAGGACAGCCGCAGCAGUGCCCUAUAUGAAUGAGUGGAGAGAUAUUCGAGCAAACCGAGGCCGAGAGUUCAUCGACAUCUAUUUUGCUCUCUCAAGACAAAUGCAAAACCCGCAGGGAAGAAGGCUGUACAUUCAAGACGUGCUUUGGCGAGAACGCGAGAAGGUGUGGAAGGCAUUGAAGCUGGACGGCGGCCAUCUUUACGCAUGUGGCUUAAAGCGUAUGAUGGAUGGCGUCCACGAGGUCCUCGGAAAUAUGGCGGAAGAAAACGGCCUCCCUAGGGACCAUCUCGUCUGCCUACUUAAGCAGCAACGCCGUUGGCACGUUGAGGUGUAUUGA